GCGCCAAGCAGAGGCGGUGCGGUGAAGUGAAGCAGGGAUGGCUCUCGGCGCUCGAUUGCUCGAGUCUGGCGGCAACAGAGAACCCGCAACAGCUCUGCGAUCGAGGAGUCGAGCCUGGCUCGGAACGGCGGCGGCACGGCGGCGGCCUCGGCGUGCGGUGGAGCGAGGCCGCGGGACGGAGCGGGAAUGUCGACGAGCUCGAAGGUGGUGCUGGGCCUCUCGGUACUGCUGACGGCGGCCACAGUGGCCGGCGUGCACCUGAAGCAGCAGCAGGACCGGCAGAGGCUUCGUGACGGAGUGAUCAGAGACAUUGAGAGGCAAAAUCAGAAAAAAGAAAACAUUCGUCUUUUGGGAGAACAGAUUAAUUUGACUAAGCAACUUGAAGCAGAAAGAGAGAAGAUGUUGGAAAAAGGAUCUCAAAACACUUGACUUUGUGAAAAUGGAUGGGGCUGCGCUGAGUAAGAGUGUGUGU